CGACAACAUCCAGAUCAUUCAACAAUUUAAGGGAAUUAGUUUCAGAAGUAUAAUUUUAAGUAAAAGAUUAUUCUUUUCAUUGUGUGUUUUAGAUCCAACCCUCGACAAAAUAGCCCACUGUUCGUCCUCAUCCGAAACAAUUUCGAACGAACUGCAGUAUUACUUUCAAGGCAAGAGACAAAGCGGACGUUCGCCAACCCGAAAGAGUUCUCCAAGUCAUUCCACUUCGUCUGGGGUGUCUUCCUCGCGCUCUCCUUGUGUGACUCCAACUCCUCCACGGGGACUGUCACCAGAUUGUCAUUGUGUCACGCUUUCUUCAUCCUCAAGUUCAUCAGGCGUGACUCCUGAUGAACGGUCUCAUGAGCAUCAUUGCGAGACAGCUUCAUCAUCUUCAACUUGCGAGAUUCCAGCUCCUCGUCAUGGGGUGUCACCUAAAAAUUGCUUUGUGACUUCUUCAGCUUCAUCUUCGCCUGGUGCGACUCCUCGUCAGCGGUCUCCAGAUCGUUGCGUGAUGUCGUCCUCGUCAUCGUCUUGCGUGACUCCUCUCCGCGGGCAGUCCCCUGAUCUUCCAAGCAUCCAAAUCCAGUUUUCCGAUGAGCAGGAAAGUUCUAACCAGAGUAACGAAUGUUCAGAGAUUCCUGUAAGUAUCGAGGCGUGCGACGAGAAACGUGACGUACCUAUUGCACCAACAAAUAUCAACAGCAGCUCCCCAGCAAGGCAGAAGAGAAGCAACAGUCAACCUUCAGGGAAAAGAAAGAGCCUCAGCCCCACCAAAGAUAUACUUCGUGUAUGCAAGCAUGAAUUGACCCUGAAAGCCCGUUGCAAGGAGGCUGCGGACAAAGAGAAAGAUGUACAUCCAGUCUCAACCAAUGAAGACGCGGAGUUCCCUGUUGGGAUUGACAUUAAGAUGGAUGGAAUAGAAGAUCUGAAAAUGAAGGCGACUGUUGCAGUAAACACCCGGCGUCCAUGUAAGUAUCGACCAAUUAAACGUGACGAAGACGUCGAGCAUCGCUGCCCAGCGUGUAGUCCUCUACCAGAUGACUCAUUUUUUAAACUCAUAAACAGAGAGAGACUGUGCCUGAAGGAAGAUAUUUGCAAAGAGCUAGACAGAAGUUAUAAAGAAUUAGCUAUUCUUGGACGAGUGGAAUCUGGGAUGAAGGAAUACGAAGCUAAUUCAAACCCUGCUGAGCGCGUCUUGGAAAAGCUCAGGGCUCUGCAUCCGGGAAUGAAGCUGAAGGAAUUUGAGCAGAUGCUUCUUCAUAUUAAACGUCUUGAUGUAGUGGACGUUAUACACAAUCAUCACUUGUCUUGCACCUUAUGCCGAAGAAAUAGAUUUGACGUUAAGGCUUAGUUUUGAUCUUCUUUAAGGCGGAAAACUAGUCGCUGAUAAACUAACCCUUGAUGUUCUAGCUUUUAUUUAGCUCUCUGACAAAUGUCCACAACAUAUGGAACUCAAACUGCAAUUACAGAAGAAAAUUAUUGUUAUUUACGGAUGCGCGUAAAGAAUUGCGCAACUUAAAAAAUAAUAAGCCUUAACAUGAUGUUUCCUUUAGGUUGUUAGUAAAACUGAAUGACGUAAUGGGAAACAGCUAGUCUAAUUAGCACUCCGGUUAGACUGUGGUAGGCCUUAAUAGUGCUCUGGUUAACAGCACUCUUGUUAGACCUACAAGCCUGGAUAUCAAUUAGGUUAGCCUGAAUAGCACCGACUUGACAGUAAUUAACUUUCAGUUAUUUGUAAGGGUUAUACGCGUGAAGGGGAUGGGGCUGGGGGGUGGGGGAAGUUUUCCGUUAAGUUUAUGAUGCUCCAGUUUAAUUGAAGAGGAAAGCAUGCAUAUGUGUAUCAAUGGCUUCUCCUUUCUUCACGCUUUAAUCAAUCAGUGGAAAAUUGCGACUACCCGGCCAUGAUA